ACAAGAAGAAUCAAUGGCAAGUGGAAGGAGAUUGGGUGUAGCUGUGGAUUUCUCACCAUGCAGUGUCAAAGCAUUGCAAUGGACGGUGGAUAAUCUUGUCAGAGAAGGUGAUAACAUCAUUCUUGUUAUUGUUAGCCCAGAAGAGUAUGAGCAUGGUGAAAUGCAGCUUUGGUCUGUUACCGGCUCACCUCUAAUACCUCUAGCUGAAUUCAAUGACUCUACACUCUCAAAGAAAUAUGAAAUCAAACCCAGCCCUGAAGUUAUCAAAAUCGCCACAUCUGCCGUAGAGCAGAAAAAGGUUGUGGUGCAUGUAAAGAUCUAUUGGGGAGAUGCUGGUGAAAAAUUAUGUGAAGCAAUUGAACAAAUACCUCUAGAUAGUCUUACCAUGGGAAACAGAGGCCUUGGAACCAUUAAAAGGGCUAUAAUGGGGAGUGUUAGCAACCAUGUAGUGAAUCAUGCUACAUGUCCAAUUAUUGUGGUGAAGACUCCAGACCACCAGCAUUAAUUAUUAUUUUUUAAUUGAUUUGACGUAGGAACAAAUUUUGUACUUGUUUUUAUGUUUCUAGUGGUUUUGCAUAUAGUUUGUUUUAUGAAUUAACAUUAUAAAAUAAAUGUAUGAAAAUGGGUUUGU